UCCCGGUGGCGAACGGCGCUUUCUGGGGGCGGGGGGGGGGGGGCGUACCACCCCGCGGCCGGGCUGUCCCACCGUGCAUCGCGUCCUGGGAUCCGAACGAGCGGGUUUCUGGGAGACAUUUGGGUAUCUGCGGAACUGAAAGGACCUAGGCGCUUCCGUCCCGGUGUCCCAGCAAGAGGUGAGCAUGGCGGAACAGGAACCCACUGCUGAGCAGCUUGCUCAGAUAGCGGCAGAGAACGAGGAAGACGAGCACUCUGUCAACUACAAGCCCCCGGCCCAGAAGAGCAUCCAGGAGAUCCAGGAACUGGACAAGGAUGACGAGAGCCUUCGAAAGUACAAGGAGGCCCUGCUGGGCCGAGUGGCUGUCUCUGCAGACCCCAGUGUCCCCAACGUCAUUGUGACCCGCCUGACCUUGGUGUGCAGCACCUCCCCAGGCCCUCUGGAGCUGGACCUGACAGGUGAUCUGGAGAGCUUCAAGAAGCAGUCGUUUGUGUUGAAGGAAGGUGUGGAGUACCGAAUAAAAAUCUCUUUCCGGGUGAACAGAGAGAUCGUGUCAGGCAUGAAGUACAUCCAGCACACCUACAGGAAAGGGGUAAAAAUUGACAAGACUGACUAUAUGGUCGGGAGCUAUGGGCCCAGGGCUGAGGAGUACGAAUUCCUGACGCCCAUGGAGGAGGCCCCCAAAGGCAUGCUUGCUCGAGGCAGUUACAACAUCAAGUCCCGCUUCACAGACGACGACAAGACCGACCACCUGUCCUGGGAGUGGAACCUCACUAUCAAGAAGGAGUGGAAGGACUGAGCUCCAGCUGGGCAGCGGGCAGGGCGACGGACAGGCAGAAGGACCGACAUGCCCCCCCAACCCCUACCCACCCCAAACCAAAGUGCUCACAGGACCCUCCCUCACCCUUCCUCCCUGGUCCACUCAGGCAGGCAGCUCUUCUGUCUGCCCCUCCUCCGCCUUCUGCCCGCAGGCCCCUGUGGUCUCCAGUGUCACAUUGCUGCUUCUGCUGUGCAGUGGGGGAGGGGUUCCGACCCAGGCCUCCAGU